AUGGACUUGUUUGAGUGGAAAAAGAACAGCUAUCUUGUGGUUGUAGGUUACUAUUCACGGUUCAUUGAGAUUGCCUACUUGACAUCGACCACAUCUGUGCGUGUUAUUGAACACCUGAAAUCCAUAUUCUCAAGACAUGGGAUUCCUGAAUUGGUCGCAUCCGACAAUGGUCCUCAAUUCUCGUCGGGUGAUUUUGCGAAAUUCGGUGAUAAAUACGGAUUUCGUCAUACAAUCAGCAGCCCGCAUUACCGUUUGGGUAACAAUGAAGCUGAGAGAGCAGUGGAGACAGAUAAAGGACUUCUUAACAAAGCGGAUGAUCCUUACCUAGCCAUGUUAAGUUACCAUUCUACUCCUCUUCAAAAUGGAUUUACGCCUACUGAACUGAUGGGAAGAAAACUCAGAACUAAAGUUCCAGUUUUGCCUUCUACACUUGUUCCCGAUUGGCAUGGGAAAAACGUAGAAUCAGCCGACCAAAAGCAGAAGGAGAGACAGAAACGUAACUUCGAUAAUCUACACAAAUCGAAGCCACUCCCUAAGUAA